AUGUUUCUCAGUGUCUCUCAAGCUACCGCGCGGAGAUUUCUUCAAAGUGAUCAACACAGCAAUAACGGCGUCAAUGGCAGGAUAGAAUCUAAAGAAGAUUCUCAAAGCGAGCUGUAUGGAGCGAAAUCGACCGCCAGCCCCCAUGAAAGCUCGGGGCCUGCAGCCAAAAAUAAUAUCAACCCAAGCAAGAUCGACCCAAAAGACCAAGAGCAGGAGUCAAUAGCCACAUCAGUGUCUAAAUAUUUGAAUUCAGCGCUACCUCAUCGUCCUACGAAAGAAGAGCUUUUGGCGGCUGCGAAUGGAUUUUGGGAGAGGUUCAAAGUCAGAUUCAAAUGGGUCUCCAUCAGAAGCAUGCGACCUUGGAAUAUUGAUGAAUGGGGGGCUUUUGUCUCUUGGUUCAUGCUGGGCCAUAUUGUCUGGAUCUUGGUGGGCACAACAACAUUCUUCUCUAUCCUUAUUUUCUCGAUCAACACUGUUUUUGCACAAGAAACACUUGCGCAAUGGAUUGGAGACUAUUUAACCCAGUCAGCCGGUGUCACGGUUGUCUUUGAAUCUGCUAUAGUUCCGAGAUGGAGGAAUGGUGUCAUCGCAUUUCGCAAUGUAGUUGUUUCAAGAAGACCCGGCCAAAUCGAAUCAUCUGUCAGCAAAGGUUCAUCUGAUGCUGCCGCUGUUGCCGCCGCCGCCGCUGCAGGGCGUCAGAUCCAACAUGAUGAUGGCAAUGCUGUGGAUGAUGGCAACUAUACGCAAUUUGACGUAACAAUUGCAAAUGUCAAUGUCACGCUUUCAUUCCUCAACUGGUGGAAUGGCAAGGGCCUUCUCAAGGAUGUAGAGGUGAACGGUGUCAGAGGAGUCAUCGACCGAACCUCUGUUCGCUGGCCAGUAGUACAGGUUGAUCCGUUUUCUUAUCGCCACAAACACCAACCAGGCGAUUUCGAAAUCGAGUCUUUCAAAUUGGAAGAUCUUCUGCUUACCGUUCGUCAACCUGAUGGAUUUCGCCCUUUUUCGGUCAGUAUAUACUCGUGUGAACUUCCACGGCUACGAAAACAAUGGCUCUUCUAUGAUUUUCUCUCCGCUAGCCACAUGUCUGGGUCAUUUGACGGGUCCCUAUUUACGAUUCACCCCAGACAGGUUCAUGGCACCGUUUCAAGUCGGUACCAGGGAGUUAUGAUGGGACUAGAGGAGUCUAAGUCAUGGAAAAAAUUCAACAGAUUACGAAUCGACGGCCUGAAGAUUGACCACUUAAACCGUGGAGUGGAAGGCCCAUUCGGCUGGAUAUACGAAGGGAACGUUGACAUCGUCGCAGACGUCAUGUUUCCAGCGGACAUGGAUGACAGCAUAACCAAAGUCGUGGCAGAUUUUUAUGAUCAGUUAGAAGGCACAGUUAUUGCGAAUCGUUACCGUUUUCUUCCGAAAGCCCCUGCGCCCGAAAAUAUCUCGGAAGGCGGUCGUGCAGCAAGUGAGAAGAGGUCCGGCAAGGAGCCAAGUGAGUCAGAGGAAGAGAGGCGGCUUCUUAUCAUGGACUUGCGCAUUCAUCUCAACGAUGUUAAGGCUGCCGUACCAUUAUUCACCCCCGAUCUUUCUUAUGUGAACCAGGCUCUGGUUCGGCCUAUUGUGGCCUAUAUAAACGCGAAAAAGACAUAUAUCCCGAUUUCCAGUCGCAUCAUCAAGCCGCUAGCUGACUUCGACGGAAGUUGGACAUUUUUUGACUGCGGCCUCUUGAACGAUGCGUCUGCCGAAACAUACGAGGCCUUUGCAAAGGAUGUGGAAGACCAGCAAAGCCGAGUAAGACGAUUCCGAAAAGUCGGAUUCUGGACGCUUUCAUUGGCUAUCCAUGCUCUGUUCAUGGGAAUGGCUGGGAACGUUGUAUGA